AUGAAUACAACCCUCGAGGACGCGCUAUCCCAUCGAUCUGGAUUACCGGGACAUGAAAUUGCCAUGACUGCAGCAAAUCCGAAUGAGACACUGCAAGAUGCUGUGCGAAAGCUAAGGCAUCUACCACUGGCAUAUUCUCCUCGCACAACAUUCAAUUACUGUAACCACAUGUAUAUGGUUGUCUCCCACGUUCUACAGGAGAUCACUGGGGACAGUCUAGGUGCAAUGCUAAAACGACGCAUUUGGGAUCCACUCGGUAUGCACGACACGUAUUUCGCUAUACAAGAUCUUAAGGACGACCCUUUUCUCAAAUCCAAACUCGUUCGCGGCUAUACCUGGGUUCCAGAGAAGGAGCAUUUCGUGCUCGAACCGUUUCUGAACUACGCGCCAACCACAGGGACAGGAGCAAUUGUAAGCAACGUCCUGGACUAUGCGAAGUGGCUGAAAUCCUGGAUCUAUCAAGCCGGGCCCAUGUCAGCAGAGGGCUAUGCAGCUCUACUGCGCCCACGUACGAUCAUGUCCGAGGGGCUUGAUCAGCUCAACCCGCCCGCUCCAUAUCAUCUUUACGCGCUCGGAUGGUUUCUAGACACAUACCGUGGAGAGCAAGUAUAUAUGCACAGUGGGAGCUGGCCCGGCUUCAGGAUCCUGGUGGGGUUCCUCCCACAAAAAGAAUUUGCAUUCGUCAUGAUGGGAAAUUCCGAGAGUGCUAAAUAUGCACAAUACAGGCUGUUUUUGUACCUCAUGGACAGGCUGCAUGGAAUCCAAGGGGAGCAGCCGGAGUCUCGUCCUCCCGACGUGGCUAAGGAGCAGAGGAAGCCAGCUAACAGCACCGAAGCAGUCAGUCUAAUUUCCGACCACUUGGGCCAUCACAUACCCCGAUCUUUGCCCCUGGAUGAGUAUUGUGGGACGUACCAACACGCCGGCUACGGGCGUCUCACCCUGGACAUCAAUUCUGGGCGGUUAACGGCAGAUCUUACCGACCGAGCCAUUGCGUUUUGUCUGAAGCUGUCACAUGUCAACGGCGAAUACUUCGUCGGAGAGCUGUAUACCCCGGGGAAGGAAGGAUCUUUGUCUGAAUUCUUCCGUGCUAAGUUCGACAUCAACGCGGAAGGACAAGCACAGGCAGUGGGUCUCGAACUUGAGCCGGCACUGGGGAACAAGAUGAUCUGGUUCACGCGUAGAGGAGCUCCAUCGGGUCAGGUCCACUCAGCUCCGAUUGCCACUGAUCACGAUUGA